UGUACAUAAUUUCGUACAUAUAAAUUUUUGUAUGAAAAACUAUUCCAAACAGGUGUUAUUUAAACGUAAGAAAUUAGGAUUAACGGACAAUACAUUUAACCAGAAAAUCAUUAAAUAAAAUUAUUUAAUUUAUUUCUUACAAUACAGUCAAAUGGAUAGUGAAAUAAUAGAUUUAUCAACAAACAUCGAUAGUUCAGAUGAUGAUGAUGACGAUGAUGAUGAUAUUUAUGUUAAUGCAGCAGCCAAAUUAGAAAGUUUAAGAGCUCAAAGUUUUGUGAUCGAAGAUGAUGAACCUUCUUCAAUACCUUCUCCAAAAAAAAGUGAUAUAGAUGUGACUGAUCAACCUCCACUUGUAAUUGUUAAUAAAUUGGAAACUGCACCAAAAACCAAAGCUCGAAAAAAUAGAAACAUUAAUAGUCAUAUUUUAAAUCCAAUUCCAUCAGAAGUGAUUGCAUUAGACGAUGAUGAUGAUGAUAAUAAUGGUGGUUUUAAUGGUCCGAGAACACGAUCCAAGACACGCGGAAGAGUUAAAAAAAAGACUUGUGAGAUAAUACCUGUUGUGAAAACACCAAAAUCUACACUAGACUUAACAUUGGAAUCGGUUGAUACUUCAACACAAUCAAUUGAAUUGAGUGAUGAAGAAGAACCAAUAGAUCUGACUGUUGACGUCAAGAUACGAUGGAUUUCUCGAGAUAUUAAAAGAUUCCAGCUUAAAAAGGAUGAAAAUUUUACUAAGAUAUUUAAACAUUUUGCAUCAUUGGCAAAUGUUGAUGAAAAUCGAAUUAUUAUUACGAAAAAUGAGAUUCCAAUUAGUCCACUUGAUACUCCAUCAUCACUUGAAUUAUCAAUAAUUGAUAUUCUUGAAGGAGGAUUUGUUAAUAAAUGUGUACAAGUUGAACCAGUUGAAGAUAAUACUCCAAAAAUUAAAAUAAAAGUCCAAAGUUCAUUGAAAAAGUUUUGGAACUUUGACUUCAACAAAGAUGAAAAGUUUCAAAAAAUAUUUGAUCUUUGUGCUAAAGAAAAUAAUGUGCCGGUAACAAAACUAAAGUGUUUUUUUGAUGGGGAAUUAAUAAUGCCAACAGGCACUCCUGAUGAUUUAGAUAUCGAAGAUGAGGCUUGUUUCGAUUUAAAAAUCAUUUCUUAAACUUUUUCUAUUUCUUAGAACUUGCCAUUCACACUAAAGUAUUACAUAUUAUAAAAGUUAAAUUUUUCUACAAAUAUGAUUAAAUGUACUCCAAAUUUAUUGAAACUAUUUAUUUAUGUAUUAUAAGGUACCAUAAUGUUUAUUAGAAAAUUGUUUUUAUUUUUAAGAAUAUCGAAUUGCUCAUUCAUCAUUGCCAUAAGUCAAUUUAAUUGCAGAACAAAA